AGGAGUUGGAGUUCAAAGUGAAAUUAAAACGAAAAAGAGGGGUUAGAAAUAGCGCUCAGAUUCCUUUCCGUGAAAAAAGGGGUUAGAGUCAGUCAGUGAUUCCGAGUGGUGGCCGUGUCGGAAAGUGAACAGUCACCAUUCUCCAUACCCGACAUAUAUGCACACACAUAUAUAUACACAUAACUCCCACCGCCUUAAUCUAACCUAUUCUUUUUCAAAAAUUGAAUAAAAGUAGAAUUAUAAAUGAAGAGAGGAUUGGAAUCCAUCGAAAUAUCCGACGACGAAUGGUCAAACCACGAUUUUGACUCUUCCAGAAUACUUAACAAUAACAAUAAUAAACCCUCUUCUUCUUCAGUUAAAUCCAAAACCCUACCUCCAAUCGAAUCCUUCGCCUUUUCGUCGAAAACGGACAACAACUAUUUAUCAGACAACUCUUACUCAUCUUCAUCUUCCGAUUGUGUUGAGAUAAAAAAGGAGAGUUUGGAAGACGACGAUUUCGCCGAGGCUCCGACGACUACGGUGUCUAGCCGUGGCCGGAGGUUUGUAAUCGAUGAUGAAGACGAUGACGAUGAUGAUAUGCCGAAUGUCGAAAACGAUCAAAAUCGUGUGGCGUUUGAAGAAGUAGUAGAAGAAGAAGAUUUUGAUGAUGAUGACGUUGUGGUUUUGAAUGAUGAUGAUGAAAGCGAAGAGAAUGAUGUUGUUGGGAAAGCGUUGCAGAAAUGUGCGAAAAUAUCGGCUCAGUUACGGAGUGAGCUUUACGGCUCUUCGACGAAUGCGUGUGAUCGAUAUGCUCAAGUUGAUGAUGGAACUUCUUCUGUUAGAAUUGUUACUCAUGAUGAUAUAUGUGAAGCAUGUGGAAAUACCGAUGGUCUGCUUAAACCGUAUCAGCUCGUUGGUGUUAAUUUUCUCAUGCUUUUGUAUAGGAAGAAAGUUGCAGGAGCGAUAUUGGCCGAUGAGAUGGGUCUUGGCAAGACUAUUCAGGCAAUAACAUACCUUUCCUUGCUGAACCACUUGGAAAAUGACCCUGGACCUCAUUUGAUUGUUUGUCCUGCAUCUGUUUUGGAAAACUGGGAAAGAGAACUGAGGAAAUGGUGUCCAUCAUUUACAGUGCUACAAUUCCAUGGAGCUGGAAGAGUAGCUCAUUCUAAACAGCUGAGCUCUUUGUCGAAAAGUAGAAUGCCACCUCCAUUCAAUGUCAUUCUUGUAUGUUACUCACUUUUUGAACGACACAGUGCACAACAGAAAGAUGAUCGUAAACUCUUGAAACGUUGGAAGUGGAGCUGUGUAUUGAUGGAUGAGGCUCAUGCUUUAAAGGAUAAGAACAGCUAUAGAUGGAAAAACUUGAUGUCUGUUGCAAGAAAUGCCAACCAGCGUUUAAUGCUUACAGGGACUCCAUUGCAGAAUGAUUUACAUGAGCUAUGGUCAUUGUUGGAGUUUAUGAUGCCCGAUUUAUUUGAAACAGAAGAUGUGGACUUGAAAAAACUGUUAAAUGCAGAAGACACAGAGUUAAUUACUCGAAUGAAGUCAAUUUUGGGACCCUUUAUUCUAAGACGCUUAAAAUCUGAUGUAAUGCAGCAAUUAGUUCCAAAGGUUCAAAAGGUUGAAUAUGUUCACAUGGACAAGGAACAAAGCAAAGCUUACCAAGAAUCCAUUGAGGAAUAUCGUGCUGCUACACAUGCUCGCAUUGCAAAGCCUGGAGAAGUCAACAGUGUUCCUCUUCCUCGGCGUCAGAUUUCAAACUAUUUUGUUCAGUUCAGAAAGAUUGCAAAUCAUCCAUUACUGGUCAGGCGCAUUUACACAGAUAAAGAUACGAUUCGAUUCGCUAAAAUGUUGCAUCCAAAAGGUGUAUUUGGUGAUGAAUGUACUUUGGACAGAGUAAUCGAGGAGCUUAAAAGUUACAGUGAUUUCUCUAUUCAUAAGCUUUUACUUUAUUAUAGUGAUGGUAACUCGGAAAGUCUUUCAGAUGAUCAUGUUAUGAUUUCUGCGAAAUGCCGGGCCUUGGCUGAACUCCUCCCUACAUUAGUGCAUGAUGGGCAUCGGGUACUUAUUUUUAGUCAGUGGACUUCGAUGCUUGACAUCUUAGAGUGGGCUCUAGAUGUAAUCGGAGUUACGUACAGACGACUCGAUGGCGGGACUCAGGUAACAGAGAGACAAACAAUUGUGGACACAUUCAAUAACGAUACAUCCAUAAAUGCAUGCUUGCUGUCUACAAGGGCAGGAGGACAGGGGCUAAAUCUGACCGGAGCUGAUACCGUUAUUAUACAUGACAUGGACUUCAACCCCCAAAUUGACCGACAAGCUGAAGACCGUUGUCAUCGCAUUGGUCAAACCAAACCUGUUACUAUCUAUAGGUUGGUAACAAAGGAUACAGUUGAUGAGAAUGUAUAUGAGAUUGCGAAGAGGAAACUUGUACUUGAUGCUGCUGUACUCGAAGGCGGUGUUGAAGUGGAAAAUCAAGGUGAAACAGCGGAUAAAACCAUGGGAGAAAUACUAUCAACUUUGUUAUUGGGAUGAGAAUAGCAUUAUAUAUCACGGUACCAGGUUUUGUUUUCCCAUUAUCAAUGUAUGUCAUCUAAUAUAACAUGUAAAAACUUCAUGAAUUUGUGUAUCAUUCACUUUACUUGGUGAUUGAAAUUCAAUUUAUCACCACUUUACCAGUUUAUGUAUUCAUCUUAGUAAUUCGGCUUCUAGUUAUUUCA